AUGAAAGCUAUGAGCGCUAUUCGCCAUGUGCGACUUUCGGCGCUGCGCAAAGCUCGUUUGCACAUCGGCCGCGCUUCUGUACCUGCAACAGAAGAUUUUGUGAUUCGCUCUCCAUUCCAACCAAUUUCAAGUCCAAAGCUUCGUGUGGGUAAGGUAGGAACUAAUACGGAAAAGAUCAGCGUGGCCCCACGAGGCAUUGGCAGCCCUGAAUUGUGGGCUCGAGACAUGCCCCGUGUGGACACCAAUAAAAAUUUAAUAUCAUCGUAUGUCAGCAACUUUAUCCAGGCGGCGGUGAACCCUUCAUUAGUCACGAAAUCCAGUGAGAAACAAGCAUAUGUCGAGGCUUUAGCAUUAAAUGAGGCUGUGGAAGAACUUGACAUUCCACGCGAGUGCUUGGUAAUGUCCGCUCUCAUUGGCAGUAAUGUAGUGCAUCCUACUAAUCCUGAAGCAGACGAUAGACUUACACGAGACUAUGUGGAGAAAGGCGUAAAACUAGCACUGGACGAACUCAAUAUCGAGACGCUAGAUCAUGUUGUGUGUCAGAUUCCUGAUGAUUUGGUUCUUCGUUUGGAAAAUCAAAAGGAAUUAAUGAAACGAUUACAGAUUACAUGCGAUGUAAUGGAGACAUUGUGUCAUGAUGGAAAAGUACAAAGUUAUGGCUUUGCGAUGCCAAGUUUUGACUCAUCGAGUAGAUUGACAGAGAUAGUGGAGACAAUAUUGACUCCAUUAUCGGAACAAUUUGAUCAUUUUUCCUCGUUGCAAUUGCCUGUGCAUGUAGGAAGUGCCAUAAUUCCAUUACCUAAAGUAUUGCAGGACUUUCGCCAUGAACGUGAAAUGUUGCUAAUUGGAGAUCGACCACUUGAAGCGAUGUUGUCAAACGGUAACCCAUUUCAUUUCUCUACAUAUACGAGUACACCAGGGGAGGAAGUGGCACAGCUGCUCAAAUCGGCUUUUAAUCUUGCUAUUGCUGUGGAAAAGAAGUACGAGGACAAAAUUCGUUCUGAGAAGAAGCAUUUAAGCCUUCCGCCAGUGGAGGAUGUGGCAUGGGCACACAUAUUAGCAAAUCAACAUGAUCAGUUUGACAACCUUCAGGUAUGGAGAUACGUUCGUGAGACGCAGAUCUACCCUCGACUAGACGCAACACUCAAGGAAUUUAAUAAGCACGAAGAGACUGCGGAAUUGGGCUUUGCGUACUCGAUGGCAAUGAAUCAAUUGCUUAAGUGUUUUACGGCAUCAGUUGAGUUGAUAGAUGCCGACCGGGCAGCCAGCAUUAUGAGUGCAUGGAAAUUGGAAAAAGGGCUACUUCCAUCAAACACGCCGUCUAUUGAAGAGAUAGCAGUGAUGGCAACGCUUAGUUCCGGCAUGGACAUAGCAUUGCUUGAGGAGCAGCUCCCAGCUUCGUCUUCGCUUCCAUUUACUCAAAAGUUUUCUUCUCAUCAGCUUCACCAGCUUGCAAGUCUAGCACGACCUUAUCUCAAUGUUGAAAAGUGA